AGCACUCUGACGUUUCUAGACGCGUUUCCGCAAAGCACUGUGGGAAGCGUGUUUCCUAACUUCUACGACGUUAGUCCUUCUGGGAACGCAUAGAGAGGUGUGGAUCGUAGUUAGGACGGCGUUAUGGAUACAUUGUCCGGUCCCACGGUGAAGGCGGAGGGCUUUGCGAUGUUUCCACCCGGAGCAGCACCGCCGCAAGAAUGCCCCAUGCACCAGAAUCCCAAACCCAGUGCCCCCCCAUCAGGGUGUCCCAUGCGCCAACCCUCCACGCCGGCCGAGACCCCCGCCGCCCCCUUGGCCCCCGCCCCCUCCUCGCCCCCCCCAGCCCACCAGGAGAGGGCGUAUGAGUUUGUCGAGUGCCCCAUGAAGGCAGCCAACAGGGACAAGUUUAAAGUGUCGGACAUUGAUCCUUCCAACAUGAUGCCUCCACCCAAUCAGCAGCCUGCUCUUGGCCAACCCUUCUCCCUGUCAGUGAAUAGGGAGGAGUCUCAGAUUCCGAGGGCGGGGUCAGAGCAGAACUGGGUCUACCCCUCUGAGCAGAUGUUCUGGAACGCCAUGCUCCGGAAGGGGUGGCGCUGGAAGGAGGAUGACCUGGGGCAGAAGGACAUGUCCAACAUCAUCAAGAUCCACAACAGGAACAACGAACAGGCCUGGCAGGAGAUCCUCAAAUGGGAGGCCCUCCACAAGAGAGACUGUCCCUGCGGCCCCACCCUGAUUCGCUUCGGGGGUAAAGCAAAGGAAUUCACCCCCAGAGCUCUCUUCCGGAGCUGGAUAGGGUACGGUCUUCCGUUCGACCGGCACGACUGGAUCGUGGACCGCUGCGGUCGUGAGGUCCGCUACGUCAUCGACUACUACGACGGUUCGGAGGUGAACCGUCAGAACGACACGGUCCUGGACGUCCGACCUGCCUUCGACUCGCUCGGUGCCGUCUGGGACCGUAUGAGGGUGGCGUGGUGGAGGUGGACACACUGAGACCUGGGUGCCGAUUCAUCGUGUACUUCCGCUGAGCUGCUGCUUCUUCAUCCAGAUAUUAAACGGCACUGUGUGCUGUUGGCUUGUAAAA